AUGAUGUCAACGUCGACGCAGGUGGUUGUGGUCUUCGUGGAGAAAAAAAGGACGACCGACGAAACGACGCAGGAGGGAAGAAAUAAUAAAAAGAAAGAAAGAAAACUGCAGCAAGAGACGCCCUUUAAGCUUCCACUGCCGCAGUUGAGAGUGAAGACGAAGACGAAGAAUGAAGCAGGAGAAUCAAUUGUAGAGGAAGACAGCCAGCGAGUCACUCACCCAACGACGACGACGACCCCGUCUUCCAAACAAAAAAGAAAGAAAAGAGACGGCAGAGACAAAGACGAAGACGAAGCUGAAGAGACGCUGAAGCAAGAAAAAGGUCGAGAGGAUGAAGCAGGAAAAGAGAGAGAAAAGGGAGAGAGAGAAAGAGAGAAAAAAAAAAUUCGUGAGGAGGAAAAAAAACGACUAGAAAAUGCGGCAAACGGUCGGACAGAGGGUGGUGUAUUGUAA